AUGGCGGAGGCGGCUCCGACGACAGCAGCCCAGCGCAGGGAGGCGGGGGAGGAGACGACGGCGGCGGCUGGGUCGGGGGGAGACGAGCGGGGCGGGCUCCGCGGCAGAGGCGGCGGCGGCUGCAGAGGCGAGCGGACGUGCGCCGAGCGGGCUCCGCGAGCACGAGCCGAGGCCAGAGCCGGAGCCGGACCCAGGGCAGGCGGCAGGGCGGCGGCGGCGGCGAGUCGGGAGUCCCGGGCAGCGGCAGCGGCAGCGGACGACAACAUGGGCGGUGGGCCGUGGGGCGCGCGCAGGGCGCUGGCGGCCGCGCUCCUGGUCGCCUCGGUGCUGAGCGCGGCGCUGCUGGCCCGCGGGGAGCUCCCGGGCCCCGACACGCAGGAGCGGGAGCGGCAGCAGCAGCUGCAGGAGCAGCAGCCCCAGGAUACCAACAAAAGAAAGCUCCCUGAGUUGAAGAUGGACCAGGCAUUAUUAAUUAUCCACAAUGAAUUUCUCCAUGGAGAUUUGAAUGUCUACUGGCUUUCCGACCAUUGUUAUGAAUGCUUGUAUCAGUUUCUGGUGUCCGUUCCAGUGAGUCCAAAACCUGGACACCCUAGCAUUGCAGCUGUUGCAGUGAGCUCUCAGCACCCUGUCACCCUGCUUCUAAAUGAUACCUUGGAAAAGAAAGAGAUUUGCCGGAUACAUUAUGUUUUUGGAGAAUUUGGAAACUAUUCUCUCUGGGUAAAACCUCACUAUGGUGGUAUCAACCAGAUGUCCUGCGAUAUGGUCGUCAAUGAAAAUCCAGUCAACAGCAACCUUCCUAUCUACAUUGCAUUCCUUAUUUAUAUAGCAAUCCUCAUUUCCUCGUCCGUAGGAAAUUUCUUUGUGAAACUUGAUCCUGUUCGGAAUUGGCUGUACAAAAAAAUGAAUCCCAGAGAAACUGAUCGUCUCAUUAAUUCUGAGCUGGGAUCUCCGACCAGAGCAGAGUCCUAUAGUAGUGAUCUGCAGGUUGAGGCAUGGAGGCUGACCCCUCCAGUGCAUCGCCUUCGCUCUCUGGACACGUUCAGAGGGAUCGCUCUCAUCAUCAUGGUUUUCGUUAAUUAUGGAGGCGGAAAGUACUGGUUCUUCAAACAUGAGAGCUGGAAUGGUUUGACGGUGGCAGACCUUGUGUUUCCAUGGUUCGUGUUUAUUAUGGGCUCUUCCAUUGCCCUCUCCCUGAGCUCCAUGCUGCGGCGAGGAUGUUCCAGAUGGAAGCUGCUGGGGAAAAUUCUGUGGAGGAGUCUUCUGCUCUGUGUGAUGGGAAUCCUGAUUGUGAAUCCUAAUUACUGCCUUGGACCCUUGUCCUGGGAUAAGCUGCGCAUCCCUGGGGUGCUCCAGCGACUGGGAUUGACCUACCUUGUGGUUGCAGUUUUAGAGCUUCUCUUUGCCAGAGCUGUGCCUGAAAAUAGUACUAUGGAUAUCAUCUCGUACUGGCCACAGUGGAUUUUCAUUCUGAUGCUGGAAGCUGUUUGGGUGUGUGUGACUUUCUUGUUACCGGUUCCUGGCUGCCCAACCGGUUAUCUUGGCCCUGGUGGCAUCGGAGACUUUGGAAAAUACCCGAAUUGUACCGGAGGAGCUGCCGGCUACAUCGAUCGUUUGCUUCUGGGAGAAGACCACAUCUACCAGCAUCCGUCUCCUAACGUGAUCUACCACACCAAAGUGGCCUAUGAUCCAGAAGGGCUCUUGGGAACCAUCAACUCCAUUGUGAUGGCAUUUUUAGGAGUGCAGGCUGGAAAAAUCCUCUUGUUUUACAAAGAUCAGCACAAGCAGAUCCUGCUUCGGUUCCUUCUGUGGAGUGCCAUGUUGGGUGUUAUUUCAGGUGUCUUGACCAAAUUUUCUCAAAAUGAAGGCUUCAUUCCAGUAAAUAAAAAUCUCUGGUCCAUCUCCUAUGUGACAACCCUGAGCUUCUUUGCUUUCCUUCUGCUCCUGUUUUUGUAUUUCUUGGUGGAUGUGGCAAGACUGUGGUCUGGAGCGCCCUUCUUUUACCCAGGAAUGAACUCCAUCCUGGUAUACGUUGGGCAUGAGGUCUUUGAGAACUACUUCCCUUUCCAGUGGAAGAUGGAGGACUACCAGUCUCACAAGGAACACUUGACCCAGAACCUGGUUGCCACUUCCCUCUGGGUCGUCAUUGCUUAUGUGCUUUACCGAAAGAGGAUUUUCUGGAAAAUCUGAUGGUCUUGCAGACACAUUUCACCGGACUGAUUGUAGAGGGGCCCAGGGAGGUCAGUGAAGCAAAUAGACUGCCAUCUGUAUUAGUGAGAAAAGUGGAUGGGCUUUGGAAUGUCUGGGUUAUGGAACAUGGAAUCCUCUUUUACUGUGCAUAAAUUAGAUGCUGUAGUCUUGUAAACUGGUUUAAUCCCAUACGUAACUCAUCAGAAACCUUGUCUUCUCUAUAUUUGUAAAUCAUGUGUUUGUAGUGUAACUGCCCCCCCACCCCCCACCUUAUUCUGUGUAAAUAGAUGUGUUUAGGGGCAGCUAGGUGGCACAGCAGAUCGAGCACUGGCCCUGGAGUCAGAAGGACUUGAGUUCAAAUCUGGGCUCACAUGAUUACUAGCUGUGUGACCCUGGGCAAGUCACUUAACCCCGAUUGCCUCCAAAAAAAAAAUAGAUGUGUUUGACAGUUUUAGUUCCAUUCUGAUGAGGUCUUAUUGAAAAGGGAAUUACUGCAGGCCUUUUGCUUUCCAGUUUGAUAAAAAAAACAAUCGAAGACCUGAUUCUUCUUACUUAUCUCAUUUUCCUAUAAAAUUGACGUUUUAGAGCUUAUAUACCCCGCUUAUGAAGAGCUGCCUUAUUUCUCUUGUGAACUAUAAAGGUUAUUGAAUGUGUUUAUGUGCUGAUAUGCUCUGCUUUAUUUAAUAAUCCCAGCUUUUCUGCUAAGUGUGAUUCCUGCUAAGUGAGUUCCAAGAAAACCUACCUUUCUAAGUGCCCUUUUCAGAUCUGCCAGGCGCUUGCUGUGUGACACAUUUCUGUUCUCUGAUGCUUCUUAAAAAAAAAAAAAACAAACGCCUCCUUCUGUCAGAAGACUUUUUCUUUCAUUCCUACUUUUUUUUU